AUGGGCACGUCGCGUGAGACUUGUCCCGGAAACUCAGCCCUCGUUACCUUGAUGGCCGCUUCGGCGAUAGACGUGGGAUCGCCUGUGCUCUCAGACAGUAAAAGCAGGCUGAUUGCCGUCCUCCAUUUCACA